AUGGAUGCCAAACCUCAGAGACCUGUGCGAACCCUGAGAAUAUACGAUGAAAACGCUUUGCCCGUAGGAGGAGCGCAGAAGACAAUUCACCAGCGCAACAAGUCGAGUCCUGCAUUAUCGUCCUUAUCACAAGCGGGUGCACUCAAAGCUGCGGCCAAACGGACUGCAUUCGGCGACCUGAGCAAUACAGCGAACUUUUUGCGUCCAAGCAAAGAUGACUCGGUCAUUGGCGCCAAGGCCGGUCACAAGCUUAAAGAAAACCUUCAACCGAUACCAGAAAAACAGACAACAUUUCAAAAACCGGCACAGCGCCCAGCAACCAUCGGUAGCCUGAAGAGUCUCCUCAAUAAUGUGACGACUUCGUCGAGCCAGGUUGCGGUCAAGCUACCAGUGGCAGCAACGCAGCAUCCAAUAGCAGAGCAGCUGAUGGGACGCAAAAUCGUCAAUAGAAAAAGUGUUGCUGUGCUUACAGAACAUUCGGCUUCGGGUCUUGUUCCGCGGGAAAAGCUUGCUAUUGAGCCUAAGAAGUCUCUCCCCUCAUUGGGGCCCAUUCCUCCUGUUCAUCGCGAGCUUCCUCGAGUGCAAAACAUACACAGAGAAGGUCAAGAGGCAGGCUCUCAGGCGAAUCUUCGAAGGACGAGAAGCAAGUACUUAGACGCCCCAGAAAGCCAAGAGCCAGCGGUAGAUCCAGAACCUCUCACUACACAGCCGGACAAUGUGGCCCCACCACCGCCAGACGGUGUCAGUGCUGAUCAAGCUAAGGAGCCAUCAGCCAUCAGUAACACACAUGAUGAUCUUGAGUCAAUAAUAAAAGAAGCAUCGAUCUUAGAAAAGGCUUUAGCUGAAAAUCAUCACAUCACCAGAGUACCACUUUCAGAUCACAUCGCUACUGUUGAGCAAAACACCGUUUACCCAGAGCUCGCAAGAAGACAUAAUCUUCCCCCUGUCUCAGAGCCAGAAGAGUAUUGGGAAGAAGAGGAAAUACCGGAGACAUAUGAGGAAGACGGAUAUGUCACAGCGAGAUCAUUUAAAUCAAGGGGUGAUAACACCACAGGUGGUGCUACAACAAUACUCUUCCCAAAGAUGUCCCAACGAACGAGGAAAGAGAUUGCUCUCGCCAAAGAGAUGAUAGAAGGUGCGAAGACGGUAGAAGAGCUAGAAGAUGAAGCUUGGGAUACAACAAUGGUUGCUGAAUACGGUGAUGAGAUCUUCGAGUACAUGAGGAAUCUCGAGGUCAAGAUGCUGCCCAAUGCCCAUUACAUGGACAAUCAAGCAGAGAUUCAGUGGUCAAUGCGAGCUGUCCUGAUGGACUGGAUAGUCCAAGUCCAUCACCGCUUCAAUCUUCUGCCGGAGACUUUGUUCCUAUGUGUCAAUUAUAUCGACCGCUUCCUCUCUUGCAAGGUCGUCUCGCUUGGCAAGCUUCAAUUAGUAGGAGCAACGGCCAUCUUCAUCGCAGCCAAAUAUGAAGAAAUCGACUGCCCAUCGGUUCAAGAAAUAGUCUACAUGGUUGACAAUGGCUACUCGAUUGAUGAGAUUCUCAAAGCAGAACGCUUCAUGCUGACGAUGCUACAAUUCGAGCUGGGAUGGCCUGGGCCGAUGAGCUUUUUAAGAAGAAUCAGUAAGGCUGACGACUACGAUCUGGAGACCCGGACGCUAGCAAAGUACUUUCUCGAGCUCACCAUCGUGGACGAAAGAUUCGUCGGCAGCCCACCAUCCUUUCUCGCCGCCGGUGCUCACUGCUUGGCUCGAAUGAUGUUGAGGAAAGGAGAAUGGUCUCCUGCCCACGUCUACUACUCCAACUACACGUAUUCACAGCUCUAUAGCAUAGUCCUGCUCAUGGUAGAGUGCUGCGAAGACCCUCAGAAACAUCACGCUGCCAUAUAUGAGAAAUACAUGGACAGGAGAUACAAGCGUGCCUCGACGUUUGCCGAAAGCGAGAUGCGACGAGGCUUCCAGCUCCUUCCUGUCUCCAACAGCAUCACCAAGACCCACCAAGCCGCUUUCCUUAACACCUACGACGCCCAAAUCCCAGAGAUCUUCUCCAUCCCAAAAUCUUUCUCCUGA